AUGGCUUCUGUCGAGAAGUCCUGCGAGACUUGCGAAACUUGCCAAGCAGAAUUAGGGUCACCGGGAACGGAUAGAGACACCAAGCCCUCCACCAAGGACAUCCCUGAACCCAAUGCAUUUGUGCCACCAGACGUACCAUUGAUUACCCCGAGUGUGGUGAUAGAGUUUUGCCACAAAUGCCGAUGGUUACACCGUGCCAGCUGGACCCAGACGGAGCUCUUUCUUACCUUUCCACCUCCAGUUCUGAAAUCCAUUACUCUCAUACCUCACGACACGCCAGAAGCCAGCGGACGCUUCCGCCUCUGGCUUGCCACUGAAAACAAAAAUCAUUCAAAGGAUCCCCUUAUCGAGCUGAUCUGGGACAGGAAGACCCAAGGGGGUUUUCCGGAACUAAAAGAUCUGAAACAAGGAAUACGUGAUAGGAUCCAACCAAACCUCUCUCUGGGACACUCGGACAAGAAGACGAAAGAGUAG